AUGCACAAUCAAUUCACCAUAACACACAGAGGGAUUGCAAAUAUUAACCCAAAUAAUAGAUUGAUUGAGAAGAUCAGAAAAGCUCACACUGCAUUAGCUAUGGGAAACCGGGAAGCAGUACAUCAAAAGCAGCUUGUCAAAGUUCAGGUAGAGGUCAAGGGGGAAGUAGCAGCCAAAGUCAGAGUGAAGGUCAAAGCCAAGGUGGGGGUUGAGUUUGAAUUGCAGUUCAAAUUGAAAGUGCAGAUUGAAGUCAAAGUGAAGGUUCAAGUUAAAUUGCAGAACAAAGUUGUAUUGCAGGUGCAGGUCAAGGCGCAAAGUCCACGUCAAAAUCCAAGUCAAAAUGAAAGUCAAAGACAAGGUCAUAGUUUCCAAGUCAUAGUUGACUUGGGCUUCCAAGUUGGGGUUACGGGCCGGAUAUCUAGAAAGAUUGAGGUCAACUUAAUUUUCAGUGUAUGA